UCGUGGCCGAUUCUUUUCCUUAUAAGAAGGAAUCGAACUUUGAUGCGUUCACUUUGUCAUUUAACUGUCAUCUUAUCUUGUCCUCAAGGAUAGAAAAAACAGCCCGUCAUGGCAGCUUGGUUAAAUUUAGCAUCAGUAAUUGCAGUGCUUGUCUCACUGGCAAAUGCACACAAAAACUACACAGUAACAGAGGAGAUCUGGUUUGAUGUAGAGGUAAAGGACCAUGAUGGAUUAGGGGAGGACUAUAGAGGCAGAUUUGUUGUGGCUGUAUUUGGAGAUAAAUGUCCUAUGACCUCAAUGAACUUCCAGUCACUAGCUAAAGGUUACAAAAGAGGAACAAAGAAACAAUUGAGCUACAAAAGAUCACCUAUUCACAGAAUUGUUCCCGACUUUAUCAUUCAAAUGGGUGACAUUACUAUUGGAGAUGGUACUGGAGGUGAAAGUAUCUAUGGACCAACAUUUGUUGAUGAAAACUUCGAUAUCAGCCACAAAGCCGCCGGAUACGUAUCCAUGGCUAACCACGGAACAGACACUAACGGCUCACAGUUCUUUAUUCUCCUCAACAAAGCAAGAUGGUUGGACGGAAAACAUGUUGUCUUCGGAAAAGUUAUUAAAGGAAUGGAUGUAAUUAGAACCAUUGGUGAAGUACCAGCCGAUUCAAGAACAGCUGUUCCAAAGAAAAGCGUAAAAAUUAUUGACUGUGGAAUUGUAGGAAUUGAAAAGAAAUAUGAAUUAACAGAGGCUCAAGCUGCAAGUGAUGAAGAUUUAUAAACAUUUCCCACAUUAGGAAUCGUUAAUAAAUUAAAUCAUUAGCAUGACUGAAUUCCACAUGAUCAUCAAAAUGUUUUACAAGAAUGUUUUCCAUACGCGUGCUUGUGACUAUUCUUAUUUUUGUAGAAUUAACAAAUAUAUGUUGUGAUAUCUAUCUUUUUCUUCUUCUAUCAAACUUCUUUACUUUAUAGCAUAGAUAUCCACUUUAUAUAGCCAGUUAGCAGCCUGCGGCUGUGUACUUAAACCUGUAAAUGAAUAAUAAUGUUAAGAAGAAACGAUAGAAACUUCGAUCUAGAACUGUCAAGUCUAGCCGUGCAGUGAUAAUCAAGGCCGGAUGUGCAAUAAAAGCAGUCGAAAUAAAAUUGAUUAUUUAUA